AUGUAUGUCCCAUUUAUAAAUGAGAAUUAAAGAAUUUAGAAAUCAAUAUACAAAGAUAAAAUAUGCUUAGCAAUUGCAAUUAGUUAGGAUAAUAGAUUAAUAUAUUCUGGAUGUGAUGAAAAAAUUUUAGUACAUAUGUUUAAAUAAGGAAUUGUAAAAUAAUUGAAAUAUUUGAAUUAACAUGCUGCUGAAAUAUCUACUCUAAAUAUUUGCAGAAAGAAUCAUAAUAUUGUUUCAGGGUCUCUUGAAGGCUCAAUUGUAAUUUAACCAUAUUCUUUGAUUGCAUCAUCAAAAUAUAUAUAAAAGUUGAAGGGCCAUGAUGAUAUUAUGUGUUUAGCAAUAAGUCCAAUAAUGGAAGACUUUUUAGUUACAGGUAGUCGUGAUAACUAAAUUAAAUUAUGGUCAUCCAUCAACCAAUAAUAUUCAUGUUCUUAAACUAUUAUUGAUCAUAAUAAUUGUGUAUGUGGAUUAUCAAUAAAUUAAUCAGAAAAUUAAAUUAUAUCUUGCAGCUUAGAUUAAAUGAUUUUGAUUUUAGAAAAGAUAAAAACAAUUAACUAAUAAACUGGGUUUUAUUAUAAAAAAUCGAUGUUAAUUAAUUUGGGUAUCGAUUAUGUAGUAUAAAUAAUUCAAUUUUUGUUUUUCAACCCGAUUCAUACGAAGAUUAAAAAUUGUAUAUAUACUCUAUUACUCAAGAUAAAUAAUUUGUCAAAAGUAGCGAAUUUUCGAUAAAAAAUGAAGGGAAUGCCUGCUAUUAUUUUUUUCCUUCACAAUUUAACUUGAAAAAAAAUAUACUUAUUAUCAAAAAUAAAAAUAAUAUAAACGUGAUUAAAGUUUAAUUAUCAACAAGCCAAAAUAUACAAUUAAAUUUAAAUUAAAUAAUAGGUUUUGGUGAUAACUGUAUUUUCGGAACUUUAAGUUUUGAUGGAGAAUAUUUAAUAACUUGGGAUGAAAAUUCUAGAUAAAUUUAAAUUAGAAAAUACUAAGAGAUGUAAUAAAUUAAUUGA